CCGGGAACGGUAACCGGGCUUGUUGGAAAGAGGCCUAUUGUUUGGGUGUCGGAAAAGGGAAAGUAACGGGUGGAGAAGCCGGCAUCGGGACGAACAUUCCAGGCGGUUGGCCGCAGACGCCGUUUGCGAGCAGAUCCAAAGCACCAACGACGUGGACCGAUACAUUCCGUCCCGCCACACUCGAUUCGAUUAGGCCGGUCUCACUCUCUUCUCGGUUACCCCAGGUUUUCCGGCGUUCUGGCAACCCCGGGGAUAUGGCGAUUCCCCGCAAGGUCCCGGCUGCGCUGGGCGCGGUUGCAUUCUUCCCGACGUCCGCCAUCCUGGGCAUCCACAUCAUCCUUGCUCGAUCGCCCGCGGAUCGGGCGCCGUCAGUGAGGACGACGGCUAUCGUUGCGGCGCUCUUCGAGGCCGUCAUUUUUGUUGCUGUGCCAUUCCUCAGUCUCUCGCACGUCGCGCCAUGGGCUCCGAGUGCCCGUUCGAAGGGGUUUAGGACGGUAUGGUUCGGCGCGGGUUUGGCGUUGUGCGCAGUUGCUUCGGCUGUGUCGCUGGCGAAUCUCGUCUGCCUCAGCCGGGUUGUCGAUGACCCUCUGAGCACCAUUUUGGGGUGGAGGGUGGGGGAUUUCUUGGUGGGAGGUUCGGUUGCGUUGGGGUUGGCAUUCGCGACACAGCUUGUCUUUUUCAUUUUCCACUUUCUCGUUGGGAGAGCACUCGGACGUCGACCGGACGAAUCGGCCCAAGCCGAACAGGGCAACAAGCUGGGCCCUCGUAUCAAGACGGUACCCUACCAUGAGACAACCCCGACCUCAGCCAAGGACCGCGGGAGUGCCUCCUUCGACUCUCCGACUCCUCCCGGAUCAAGCGGCGACCGCUCGGCGGUAGAGACAACAGCCUCAGCUCGGUCUUCCCUCUCGAACGCCAUCCGACCCAUCACGUCUAAGACGCAUUUGUUGUCUCUUAGCCGCCGGUCCAGUCGCCGAUCCACUCACCGGCCUGCUUCUCUUGACCUGCCUGCUUCGCAAGAACGCCAAUCCCGCUCGACCGAAGUGGGCUUCGACUCCUGGGACACAUCCGCCGUGGACCCGGAGACCCGCCAGACAGUAUUGGAAUCCUCGUCACCGCCGCACAGCCGCUUCCUCGAGACCAUCCCCGCCAGCCCGACGACCAGCAGGAGCCCCAGCCCGGGCACGGCGCUGGACAUGCUCGAACCGCCGCGGGCGAGGCGGAGGAGCCGCAGCUACAGCCCGGUCUCGACGCGGGCGAUCCAGGCGCAGCGGGUGGCCUUCACGCAGCAGGAGUCGCACAGCGAGGCGCACAUCCACCCGCUCUUCCGGUCCGACUCGCCCGCGCCGCCGAGCGCCACCCCCGGGACGGUCGUCGUCGCGGCGCCCAACGCGGGCCAGGUCAUCUCCGACAAGCAGAGCAUCCGCAGCAUCCAGAGCAUCCGCCGCCUGCGCAGCGAGAGCCUCCCGCCCGUGCCCAGCCCCCUCAGCCGCGCCGGCUCCUGCGAGUCGUUCGUCGGCCGCCGGAGGGCCGAUAGUAGUUCGCCGGAGCUGCGCGAGGAGGACGAGGCUGUGGUGGUCGGUGCUGCUAGCGCCGCCGCAGACACGGAGCGGAAGAUGACGCCGCCGAUUCCGGACUAUAUCCUCAAUGCUGGGUCGACGUCGAGCUUGACUGCUUACAAGAGUCGUCAGGCCGACUCGUCUGGCGAGAGUCAAAUUCUGUCCGAAGCUGAGCAACAGGCUUCCGCAUGAUCUUGGCAUCAAGUUUCCCUAGAAUAUGACGAGUUAUGACCAUGAUGCUAUGGGACCAGCACAAGGUCUAUAGGCAUCCGUUUUUCUUU